CUGGAACUUUUAUUUUGAAAAAAAAUAGGGUCGACUUUUUUCUAGUGGAAUUUUUAACGGACGAUCUGCGCGAUACUCUGUUCUCACAUAAAACCGAAGCCAAGUCUCAAGAUGAAGCUCAAUUAUAUUCCUUUCUUGCCUGUAAUCCUAAGCCUUUUGGCUAUACAAGCUCACGCAAUUUCUUUUAUGCUAGCUGCUAAUGUAAGAAGAUGUCUCAAAGAUGAAAUACAUAAAGAUGUUCUUGUAACAGGGGAUUUUAAACUGUCAGAUGCACCGGGACACAAGACAACAUUGCAGGUGACAGACUCUAAGGGUCAUACAUUGUACACAAGAGAAGAAGCAACAGAAGGAAAAUUUGCAUUCACUACAGAUGAUUAUGACACUUAUGAAAUUUGUUUCAUUACAAAAGUACCUGCAGGUAUGCGUGCGGGAGAGAGGGAAGUCACUAUCAUAGUCAAGCAUGGUGUGGAAGCCAAGAGCUAUGAAGAUCUAGCCAAGUCUGAGAAGCUAAAACCAAUGGAGAUUGAACUACGGAGGCUGGAAGAUCUGUCAGAAGCUAUCGUCAAUGACUUUGGAUACAUGAAGAAGAGAGAGGAAGAGAUGAGAGACACAAAUGAAUCUACAAAUUCCAGAGUAUUGUACUUCAGUAUUUUCUCGAUGGUUUGUCUGAUGAGUUUAGCAACAUGGCAAGUCUUUUAUCUCAGGCGCUACUUCAAAUCUAAGAAGCUGAUUGAAUAGUUUUCUUCAUCUAUAGUGCCUUCUUUAUUCUAAUUUCUUGAAGUUGGGUAUGGGUUUAGCCAAAAUUACCAAAUAAUGGUCAUUUCUGAUUAAAAAUAAUAAUUUUGUGAUUCAUGUAAUCUUAUUUGAUAAGAUUAUUUAAUAAUGAAAUUUAAUACUUUUAAUGGCCAUAUGUUAUUGAGUAAAAUUUGAAUUAAACAUCGCCAUUUAACAAUGGCAGAGCUGCCAACUAAUUUUUAAAAAAAGUAUUUGUUAUGAAUAUGUGACUUAAAUACAAGAGGUCAUCUAAAAAGUAUGAAUUCAGGGCUGAAAAGAAAAGAAAUGAAGGACAAAAGAGAAACUUCUUAGGAUAACAUGUAACAUUGCUGUAUGUAAACAUUUACGCAAGCACUGAAAUCUGCGCUCACAUGUGCUUUAAAGUGAUUGAGUUUGAGAUGGAGUUCUGUAUAUUCAUGUAUAUGUGCUAAGGCAGAAGUUCGUAAGUAACUUCCCAGUGAGUUUUGGCAGAGGAUGACAAUAGAGUGACUGUUAGAGAAUAAUAGGGUUCAUUGAGAAAAUAACAAUUUUGGAGAUAUAGAUACGGAUUUGCUCUUCCUAAUUCCAAAGGUUGGCAGCUCUGGUUAUGGAGUAAAUGGUGUCCUCACACAAAAUCAUUCAGACUCAAUUAUUAUGUAAAGAUCACAGUAUUUUAAAAGUAUAAUUUGUGCAAUGUGCAAUGCAUCAUGGUUCACAUUUUUUUUUUUUUUUUUAGAAAAUGGGGCAAAUUUUAUUUCUGCUGUUGUAGUUAGAAAACUUCUCCGUCACAAAAGAACAUGCUGUUGUUUCAAAGAUUAAUUAGUUCUAUGUUUUGAUGUGCUAAGAACUCAUGGUUUGCUUGAACCCCCCCCCUCUUUUUUUUUCUUUAUCACAAUUUGUUUACAUUCCUUUAUUCUCUUAUUUACAGCUGUGUUGUAUUUCUGUGAAAUUUAUCAAGUUCAAGGAACUUUCUUGUGUAAGGUUUCUUCUAUAAACCUUAGUUAUUUAUGAAGAAUUAGAGACCUGCUUUAUUGUAUGUAGUCUUUCUUUUAUGACACAGUUACACCAACGAAACUGAUUCCAGGAUCCCGUAACACAAAGGUUAGCGAUUAAUCAUACGCUUGAUUUUCAUUGUAGCCAAUGCAAUCAACCAAAGUUAUUACAUUAUUUCCAAUGACAUAACAUUGGUCAGUUUGGAGUCAGUUUAAUUGGUGUAACUGUAGCAUUAGGAUAGAUGUCAAGGCAAUUAUCUUUGUAUAUAUCAACUGGUGCAUAUAGAUUUACAUACUGUAUUUCAAUCUCUAUCUCUAACUGAGGCCACAAUGCUUAAUUAUUUUUGUGUAGUGGUAGUAGUAGUAUCGUUUCCUUUCCCCUCUAGAAUUAGAUUAUACAAACAAUGUUUUUCUCACAAUUUAUAUCUUCUAUGAGAAGAUGGAUGCAUGGUUGUAGUUACAGAUGAGAGAGAAAACUGAGAUGCUCUUCAUAUUUUCUCAUGUUCAAGUUUAUAUAUGUCUACUAUAGUUUUUUUUUUCAUGGAUGUAUGGAAUUCUAAAGUUUGUUGACUGCAUGAAGAAUUUGGAAGACUUUUUGUGUCGGUUGAAUGCUACCCCCUCUCCAUAAGAAAGGAAUAAGCGAUAAUAAUUCAACAACGAACGAAGAAAGGGGUUACUUUGUGUUAUUAAAAGUAUCCUUGUAGUACUUACUUACAUGUAUUUUUGUGUACAUGAUCAUGAAAUUAUGGAGUAACAUUAUGGCACACAAUCAGUGUGAUUAUAUUGAGCAAAUUAAAAUAACUUUUACAUU